AUCAGAAUAAAAUGUAAACAAUUGAAAAAUGGGUGGUUUUCGUUGUCGACGUUGUUUUAUGAUUUUUUUCCUAUUCUUUGGAAAAUGUCAGUUAGAUACUAUUUCAGUUACUUUUGAUGCAAACUCAAUAAGAUCAACAACGUCAAGUCAGUUUGUGGGUGUCACUUUGGAUUCUGGACUGAUACGGCAUAAAUGGGAAAACUUUGACUUGAGAUCUCUUAAAGUGUUGACUUUGGCAAAAGGUCUUUCUCCAUACACCAAUACAUACCUAAGGAUAGGAGGAACAUUUGCUGAUUUCUGCACCUUCACCCCAUCAGCAUUGAAGAAUGACACAGAGCAGUACAGAAAAGCAUCUGCAUUCCAUGACCUUUUUUAUGAGAUGACCAGGAGUAAGCCCAAAAAUCAAACAGAGUUCUAUAUGUCAGCAAGAAUAUGGGAUGAAAUUCACAAGUUCAUUCAGGAGGCCAAGUUUGAUUUGAUCUUUGACCUUAAUGUACUGAUGAGAACAGAAGCCAAUGAGUGGAACAGCACUAAUGCUAUACAGUUGCUGAAGUACACUCAGAGAAAGGGCUACAGAAUGGCAGGAUGGGAACUCGGAAAUGAGCCCAAUAGCUUUCAUCAUUUGAAUUCUUCCAUAAAUGUAACGGCAGAGAGCCUUGGACAAGCUUAUUAUCGUCUUUCACAAAUUUUGGCCGACUUUCCUACAAUUCGAGGAAGAAUCUUGACUGGGCCAAGCACAACACAGCUGAACAAAAAGCCCACUAUACGAUACUUUACAAGUUUCUUGGAAACGAAGGGAGGAGAGACAGUUACCUCACCAAACUUUCACCAAUACUAUGUUAAUGGAAGAACAGCUACAGUGGGGGAUUUUACAAACUCUGAAAUACUAGACAGCUUUGAAGAUGAACUAAAAACCGGCAACAUGAUUGUCGCAUUGACUGGGAAUGAAAGAAAACUGUGGCUCGGUGAAACUAGUUCUGCUUAUGGAGGGGGAGCUGAGGGACUUUCAGACGCUUUCGUAGCUGCCUUUAUGUGGUUAGACAAGCUUGGUGUGUCAGCGAAAAACAAUGUGGAUGUUGUGAUGAGACAGAGCUUGUAUGGGGGUAAAUACGCCCUGCUGGAUGCCAAAACAACGAACCCAAAUCCUGAUUACUGGUUGACAGUGUUGUACAGACGGUUGGUUGGAAAUAAAGUUCUUACAACGUCUUCCUCUAGAUCACCCGAUGUCAGGUUUUACACUCACUGUUCUGCUGAAGGGUAUCUGCCUGGAUCAGUGACUCUGUAUGGUAUGAACUUGCGGUCUGUUGGGGUCAAUGUGACUUUUCCCCAGCUGGAUGGGCAGCUUAAAAUCUACCUUCUAACUGCUCCAAACCAAGACCUCAAAUCUAGAUUUGUUGAUUUAAAUGGAGUUACCUUGGAGAUGACCUCUGACACUAGUCUGCCACAGAUGAUCCCAAUAUCUGGCACAAAUCCUGUGUACAUGCCACCAUUUUCCUAUGUGUUCAUAUUGGCAGAUGAAAAGACAUACUCUAAAGCUUGUAUUCAUUCCUGGUACAAUUUGUCCUAACAAUCUGCGUAAGCUGAGAGUUAGGCAGCGAGCUCAAAGUGGCAAAGUGAUGAUGGUGCAAUAAUUUUAUAAGAAGAAUUUUUAUCUAUUAUAUAUUUUUCAUUUAAUUUUUAGAUCUAUUUACAUAGUUGUACAUAGUAUUUAGAUCAAUGUACUUUAAGCAUUCUUGAGUGAAGGGCUUUCAAGUUUGUUGAAAUGAAGGUCUAUGCCCCCUUCAAAGGGAGAUAAUCACAAAAAUGCAAAAAUAGGGUGGGGUCAUUUAAAAAUCUUCUUUUCAAGAACACUGGGCCAGAAGAGUUGAGAUUUACAUGAAAGCUUCCUGACAUAGUUCACAUUCAAGUUUGUUCAAAUCAAGGCCCUCGGUGGUAGGUUGGGGCCACAAUAAGGGAUCAAAGUUUUACAUGGGAAUAAAUAGGAAAAAUCUUUAAAAAUCUUCUUCUCAAGAACCAAUGAGCCAGAAGAGUUGAGAUUUACAAUAAUGAAACCUUCCUGACAUAAUGCAAAUUCAAGUUUGUUCAAGUCAUGGCUCCCGGGGGUAGAUUGGGGUCACAAUAGGGGAUCAAAGUUUUACAUGCAAAUAUAUAGGAGAAAUCUUUAAAAAUCUUCUUCUCAAGAACCAAUGGGCCAGGAAAGUAGAAAUUUACAUGAAAGCUUCCGGACAUAGUGCAGAUUCAAGUUUGUUCAAAUAAUGGCCCCCAGGGGUAGGGUGAGGUCACAAUAGGGGAUAAAAAUUUUACAUUAUAACUAAUAUGUAAAGAAAAUCUUUAGAUAUGGGUCAAGAUGACUGAUGUGAGUGAUGUGGCCCAUGGGCCUCUUGUUUUUAGCAUGUCACAUUGUAGAGAUGAUCUUUAAACUCACUGGAUUAUGUUUUAUGUGCCAAUCUUAAUCUCAACCAGUGUGCUGAAUACAUGUAUUUACAUUGUCAUUAAUUAUCUAGAAAAUAUUCUGACAUUUUACUUCAUCAACAAAAACAGACAGCAUACCAUGUGUGGAAUUCAUAACUGUAUGUGAUACAUUCAGUCAUGAUUUUCUUAAAGAAAAAUCUCAAAAAUUGUUUAGACUAUAAAUAAGGUCAGUAUCAGAUAGAAGGUGACACAUGUGUCCCUAUGGUUUUGUACACUUGUAUAAAUUUAUUGUAUAUAUCUUUGUAUAUAUGUACAUAUAACUUUUGAAGAUCUUGUUUGGGAGAAAAGGAGUAUUUUUAUUGCAUAAUGUAUUUUUUUUUCUAUUAUAGAAUAAGUUUGAAACAUUCUUCAUGUUGAAUUUUUGUUUGCUACAUUUAUAUUUCUUUUCAUAUUAAAAUAUCUAAAUAAUACA